AAAAAAAAAAUAAAAAAAACAAAAAAAGCGAUUGGACCCCCUAAAUUUUUGUAGAUCUUUAAUGCUUUAUAUUAUUAUAUCCGAGUCCCCUAAAUUGUUCUUAACUCUUUUCUUUUUCGAAUAAUCUCGUUCUUCUCUUCGUCCCUUUACAAGUCUUCCUUCUACGUAGGGAUUUACUUGUCUCUUUUAGUUACGGGUUCCUUCAUUCUUUAAUAUCCGUCACUCCUUAGAUUUAUUUAUUACCAGUUAAAAACUUCUCCGCAAAAUGCCUGGUCGAACACUCCCGACCCUCACUCAAGCUGAGGUUGAGUCGCACAACAGCAAUAAAUCUUGCUAUGUUACAAUUGGAACCAACGUCUACGAUGUGACUGACUUUGUCGAAUCCCACCCCGGUGGUCCCGACCUAAUCCUUGAAUACGCCGGAAAAGAUAUUACCGCGAUUCUCAAAGACGAAAUUUCUCAUAAGCACUCAGAUUCCGCAUAUGAAAUCCUAGAAGAGUAUCAGACCGCCUUUUUGGUGACGGAUAGGCUCGCGCCAAACGGAGAUGUACAGAAGCAGGUUGCCGAUUCCCAAAUCAAUGGCAAGGUCAACAACUACGUUCACCCACGAACGGGCAUGUCCUGCGAAGAAGACCUGAACAAGGAAACAGACAUAGACAAUGACUACAAGGAGCAUAAGUUCCUCGACUUGAACAAGCCUCUGUUGAUGCAAGUUUGGCGUGGUGGUUUUAGCAAGAAAUUCUACCUUGAUCAAGUUCAUAGGCCAAGACACUACAAAGGCGGCGCCUCCGCGCCUCUGUUUGGAAACUUCCUCGAGCCUCUCAGUCUGACCCCUUGGUGGGUUGUUCCUUUGAUCUGGCUUCCUGCGGUUUCCUACGGUGUUCACUUAGCAUCUCAAGGAUUCGACAGCGUAUCUGGGCUGGCUGCCAGCUUCGGCGGUGGUGUGCUCUUGUGGACUCUGAUAGAGUACAUCAUGCAUAGAUGUCUUUUCCAUCUUGAUGAUCACCUACCGGAUAACAGAGUUGGAAUCACACUGCACUUUUUGCUUCAUGGCGUACAUCACUACCUUCCCAUGGACAAGUACCGUCUAGUGAUGCCUCCUACCCUCUUUGUGGUGCUUGCAACGCCCUUCUGGAAACUUGCACACGCGGUAUUCUUCUGGAAUUGGCAUCUUGCCACAGCUGUAUACUGCGGUGGUAUCUUUGGAUACAUUUGCUACGACCUGACUCACUACUUCCUACACCACCAAAAUCUGCCCCUUUGGUACAAAGACCUCAAGAAAUACCACCUUGCCCAUCACUUCCUCGAUUACGAGCUGGGCUUCGGCGUAACCAGCCGAUUCUGGGAUCGGGUGUUCGGUACCGAGCUGGUCACCGUGGUUAAGACAUCCUAGAUCCUGACCGCUGUUUCGUACAAGGCCCAUUCUAGAUACAUGGGCAUGGCGAUAUGUAUUGAAUGGACAUGAUGUGAAAAAAACGGAACUUGGGGUGGUGAGAUAUAUAGGCAUGAGGUCGGCAAAUUUGGCGUUUGGUACCUAGUAUGACACGAGAAAUGUUCAGCUUUAGUCCCCACUCGAUUCGUACCUAAUAAUUAAUGAUUUGAGUUUGUCUUGAUGAUUUGUCUGUGGCUUGUUUAGAAGACGUGUUAUAGUG